AAUUAAUUUAGUCGUAGAUUUAGUAGUAAAUUUAGUUAAUUAGUCGUUUUAAUAUUUCAAUAAUAAUAUAAUAAAAUGGUUAAAUUAUAUUCGGCCAGUAUUCUUUACAAAGGCUCCACAAGUGUCUCCCUACUUAAAUCAGUAUAUGAAUUACAGAGCUUCAGUUUUUUUCAAAGAGGAUCUGUUCAAGAGUUUCUAGGGUUUGUCAGUCAAACUAUUGUGGAACGUACACAAGCAGCGGCUAGGCAGUCAGUGAAAGAAAAUGAAUAUACAUGCCAUGUAUAUGUAAGAGGUGAUGGUUUAGCAGGUGUUGUUGUAUCAGAUCAUGAGUAUCCGAGUCGCGUGGCACAUACAAUGAUCACUAAAAUACUUGAUGAGUUUGCGGGAAAAAUUUCUCCGGAAUCGUGGCAAAAAGGUCCUGAGGCUUGUUCCAUAUAUCCCGUUAAUGUUCUGGCAGCACAUCUAACACAUUGGCAGAAUCCAAAGGAGGCAGAUGCUAUGACUAGAAUUCAGGAAGAUUUGGAUGAAACCAAAAUAAUACUUCAUAACACGCUAGGAGCUGUUUUGGAACGUGGGGAAAAGUUAGAUGAUCUUGUUAACAAAUCGGAGAUGUUAUCAAUUCAAAGCAAAGCAUUCUACAAGACAGCAAAGAAAACAAAUUCGUGUUGUAGUUACAGCUAAAUCGAUCAAUAUAACAAAUAAACAUUAUUUAUUUGUUAUAUUCCGAUUUUGUAUAG